UCGCCUUAUCGUGGAAAAUUUGCAAGAGUUUAUUUUGGAAAACGGAAAUGCUUGAUUCCACUGUGUCUGACUUGGGGAGGAGACGGAAGGACCUUCCAUCAGAGACACGACCGGUGGUAGACAUGGGCUCGGCGGUGCGGUUGUCACUCCUCGGCCUCCUCCUGGUCUUGCUGGUCGGCAGGGCUCCAGCCCGCAGCCCCCGCACGGCGGACGAGGUGUCUGAGGCCGACAUCCAGCGCCUCCUGCACGGCGUCAUGGAGCAGCUGGGCAUCGCUCGGCCCCGGGUGGAGUAUCCAGCACAUCAGGCUACAAACAUAGUGGGACCACAGAGCAUUCAGGGUGGUGCUCAUGAGGGGCUGCAGCACCUCGGCCCUUAUGGCAACAUCCCAAAUAUAGUGGCUGAACUGACAGGAGACAAUGUUCCCAAAGACUUCAGUGAUGACCACGGCUACCCAGACCCUCCAAACCCAUGUCCCCUAGGAAAGACGGCUGCAGAUGGGUGUUUGGAAAACGCUCCAGAUACGGCAGAAUUCAGCAAAGAGUUCCAGAAACACCAACACCUUUUUGACCCAGAGCACGAUUACCCAGCCCUCGCUAAGUGGAACAAGGAGCUUUUGUACCAAAAACUGAAGGGAGGACCGAAAAGAAGAAAAAGGAGCACCAACCCAUAUCUAUUGGGCAAAAGGCUGGAAAAUGUGGUGGCUAAGAAAUCAGUUCCUCACUUCUCUGAGGAAGAAGAGGACACGCCGACUGUCUCCACCAUCAGCAGAACUACAGUAUAAAAUCCUACACCUGAAACAGUCACUGUAAUUUAUAAUAAUUGCACUGUAAAACCAUUUUAACACCUAAUAUUUUGGCAUUUUUAUUAAAGUCCCAGGACUGUCGUAGUAUGUGCUGGUCCCUUAAAUAUGAACAUGUGAUCAUAGAAUAUAGUUGACAUUUUUACCCAACAAAUGCUACAUUUGUCUAAAUAUGAUGCUAACACUAGCUGUAUGUUAAUGUACCAUAGACUUAACUGGUUAGCCUUUACAUUUACUUGCUUUUAAGAGUACUUGAGUUCUAUCAUAACCACAGAGCUCAUAAACUAAUUCUUUACGUUGAGUUUGUUAGACUUUCAGGUGAAAUAUUGACAGUCAAAAAAAAAAAGUCCUGAAAAAGUAAAGAUUGUAUUUAAGUGAUGGUCAACAUCACAAAAAUGAUGCAUAUCUCUGUUGUUUUUUUUUUAGGUUUAUACAUUUAUCAUCUGUCAUGUGGUCACAGUAUCUGAAUUCUAUCCCUAAACAUUAUCAAAUAAGGUGUUAAAACUUGUGUAACAGUGUAAAAAUAUUAUAUGUUACAAUAUAUUAUAUACAACUUUAUUGAUUUGAAGGAGUGUUGGAUGAGAAUAUUUACUUAUUGUAUUUAUCACUGUACAGAGAUUAAGAUGCUCAUAUUAUAAAGAUGAUUUUUUUAAAGUCACUAUGACUAAGUAAUCACCUCUGUGUCUUGAAGCAAAGAUUAAUCACAUCAUAAUCUUAGAAGUUAUUUAUGAAUAAGAGUAGAUUUGUUAAAGAUUUUAAACAUUUAUUGUGAAAUACUUCACUGUAGCAUGAGACAAAGCUUAUUCUGAUUCAUGUCUUCAUUGUACUGCGGCACAGGCAGCGAGUCUGCAGGUAGACGUAAUCUUACCAAAAUGGUUGUGUUUUGUUUUUGUUUCUGUAAAGUCAAAUAAACCUUUUAUCUGCAUUGA